GCCGCGUUCAACGACUUUCACCCGAUUGGCUGAAAACGUUACGCUGUCUGUGGGCUGAGCGCUGGAUGAUUCCGUUGGUUGCUAACUGAGAGAACGGAGGCAUUGAAGGGGCUGGGCCCGCAGUGGAGAAAUGGCGAGAAUGGUUAACGAGAACGGGCGUGGAGUGGAAACACAGACCGUGGAGCCGGAGGCACCGGGCCGCGGUUCGGCCAGAUGGGGUCCACAACACGCUGGGGCCAAAGAACUGGCCAAUUUAUACUCCCCAGGCAAAAGAUGUCAAGAGUGGAUAUCUGUCGUCCUCUGCUUCUCUCUCAUGGCCUUCAAUUUCAUUCACCUUCUUGCCAAUUUCCACCUGGGACAUCUGUGGUACAUCCUGGUGAGCAUUGUGGCCGGAAUUCUCACGGCGGACUUUGCAUCGGGACUGGUUCACUGGGGCGCUGAUACGUGGGGGUCAGUGGAUUUACCCAUCUUUGGAAAGGCCUUUAUACGGCCAUUCCGAGAGCACCACAUCGACCCCACGGCCAUUACCCGCCACGACUUCAUUGAGACCAAUGGCGACAACUGCAUGCUGACCAUCGUCCCUCUAGCAAACAUGGCCUACAGCUUCCUCACCCUCGCCCCAGCUGAGAUCUACCGUUCCUACGCCUGGUACUGCUACUUGUUCGCAUUAGCCAUCUUUGUGACCCUGACCAACCAGAUUCACAAGUGGUCGCACACGUACUUCGGCCUGCCCCGCUGGGUGGUGUUCCUGCAGGACUGCCAGGUCAUCCUCCCCCGCAAGCACCACCGCGUCCACCACGUCUCCCCCCACGAGACGUACUUCUGCAUCACCACAGGUUGGCUGAACCACCCUCUGGAAAAGCUGGGUUUCUGGAGGAACCUGGAGGAUCUGAUCCAGGGUGUCACCGGAGAGAAGCCCCGGGCGGACGACUUGAAAUGGGCUCAAAAAGUCAAGUAACGCCGCUGGCUAACUGCACCCUACCUCAGAAGACCCGGGCCCUGCCCAGGCUUCUCACCCCCCCCCCUCCCUACCCCCCUCCCUACCCCCCCCUUUGCCUCGCACGAACUGUAAUCUAUAGAAAGGAAAAACUAACUCUUUCUGAUGCCAUAGCUUUACGUCUUGCACAUUGUCUGUUUUUCAAGAGGGCUCCGUUGAAGGGAUUUUUCAUUCCUCAUUUCAAAAAGCAAUACAUCCUAAACUCUCUUCACUUUGUUUGAGCUCGUUUGCAAAGGACGUUUGCUGAUCGGAUACUUAAUAGUCGGAUACAGGUGAUCUAUAAAUCCUUUCCAAGGAGAUUAAAAGAUUUCCCUCAUGUCCAAAUGUCACGCUAUCUCAGAAAAGAAUACUUGAAAGAGCGAACUCGUCUGUUCACUGUAGAGUGGAUGAAGCGCGUUCUAUUUAGCACUGCGUUUUAGUAUCACUGUCAAGUCUUUGCUCCACCUCAUCAUCUGGAUGUGCAAGUAAUGCGAGUGUUUUACGACCACGGAUCGUAGCAGGGCUGGUAACGACUUAUUGGAUGCUUUACUAAUGCUAAAAAACAACAUUGGAGUUUGGCUGCAAGCUUUUGGGGCAGUUGUUACUUAAAAGCCAAAUCCUCCCUCCGGGAUGCUAAAUGACACAUCUGACAGCUCAGAGAACGGGUUUUAGCUUAAACAACCAAAAACAACCAACCAAAUUGCUGUCAGAUCCGAAGCAGGCAUUUUGAUUGGAAUUUCUUGUGUUCUGGGGCCACUGGAACCGUCUGCUUUCCCGUCUUUGACAAUUGAGGUCAUUUGAUCCUGGAAAAGUGGCAUCAAAAUGUGUGUUACUGUCGUCUACAUCGAUGCCAGGCCCUUAGAAAUGGAAUGAAAUGUAUCACGUUGUUCUGCCGAGUCAGCCUUGCCCGACCGACUUGUCUUCUCGAUGACCGUGUGUCUUCUGAAAAGCCUCUUUUUAGCGUUGAUUUCACUCCUUAUGAAUGAACAAACAGGUUUGCAGGAAAGCAGCAGACACUUGAGCAGCCUUACUCACCACACCUGCAGUACAUGUAACCCUGUCUUUUUUUUUUUUUUUUUUUUUAAUCCUCGUUUUGUUUCAUUUACAGCACGUCUUUUAUGUUGUGCAACUGCGAUUUCUGUCUUUCUGGGAUCUGUGGCCUAGUUGGUCAGGGACGGAUACUCAAAAGUAACAUUGUUUUCGCUCCUCAUGUCCCGCUAUUCUGCUGCGAGGUGCGAAGGAUCCGUCGUUCCCCGUGAGGGAUGAAUGCGUGCAAACUGUGGCGACUCGGCGAGGCCGCUUGGAUCUUCGCUCACUGCUUCCGAUCCAGGGAUUUCUUCCCUUUUAGAGAUUAGGUUAAUUGAUUCGUCUGGGAGAUUCUUAAAAAAAAAAAAAAAAAACCCAUUUUAAAUGCUUUAGUCUGCAGUUUGUAAAUGUAUGUUGCGGCGAAUAACUAUGCAGUGUAUUACGAGGCCCAGAACCAUAUGUCUUAACUCAUCUGAUUUAGGUUAAAAUGCCUUUCUUUUUCUACUAGUUAACACAUAGUCUGCAUUUUAGUUGGAAAAUGGGAGCUUAAAACGUACUGUACUAACUAAGCUACACAAAUGUAAGAACGCGUGUGUACAACAUGUGACGUUCUGGGUCACCAGCUUCCUGUUUGAGUUUGUGUACAGAAAACAAUGGCUAGUUGGCUUUGGGCUUUUUUUCCCCCAACAAGGUCAGUUUUGCUGCUUUUAAAAGAUUACCCAAAAUCUGGACCAAGUAGUUCCAGGGUUGGAACUAUCAAAAUGUUACCUAAUAAAUCGUUUUCAUGCUUAAAACCGUUACGUUUACAAAGUGAAAAGGCUGAAUUGGAAUUUAUUUUGAAGCUCAAAUUCUGCUUUUAUAUGAUUUAAUAUUCCAGUUUCUGAAUCCUUCAGACGCAGUUAUGUACUUUUUAUUCACCGUAGAUCAACCGACCCGCAGAAAUACACUGCAGAUUGCCAAGUGCUUGCUGAGUUUUGUGUGAUUGUGUAAUAUGUGCUGGUAAAGGGAUGCUUUUACCUGCCACUGCAUCUGGUCAAGGCUUGUGUAGAAGUGCUUAGCUUUUAAAAAAACAAAAUUAGCCAAUAUACAUAGUUUGAGAAAUUCGCAUCAAUAUUGACGGACAACUUAUUUUAUGAAUAGCAGUUAGCUUUACUCAAUGUUUUGGACCUUCAGCACAUUCAUUUUUGUUAUAAUAUAAAACAUUUUUUUUAACCAAUAUCAAAGGAUAUUGGUUAGAACUACUAGACAUGCCAGAAUUACUUUAUAAGUUGGACAACAUUGCAAUAAAUAUCUAAUCCUCCAUGUAACAUUGUUAACCUGGAGGCUGGCCAUAAUCUUUUUGUUCUAGUUCUGCCUGUGAAUUUAGAUCUAACAUGCAUUCAGUUAUUCACCAUUCUUAUUCUCCAGAUGAUCUUGGGAAUGUGUUUAGGUGGGUUAUUAUAGAAUUGUGAUAAGUAAAGCUGAUUAUUUUCCAGUCUGUUGGCCCAAAUAGCUUAAUUAUUGAAAUACAUCAUUGGUUCUAUUGAAACCUCUAAUCAGUAAAGCAACCACAGCCUCUUCUUAUUAAGGUAGAAUUUUUGAUAAAGUGGUCUGUUUUUUGUUUUCUUUUAGAGUGUCAGUGAGUUUGAAGGGUAUGAAGUGAAACCGUUAUAAAACUAAAUGUUUUCUCAUUCAAAAUUUGUGAACAUGAAGGAAUUUGUUGGUAAGUGGGGUGGCCGGUUCUUUGUUUUAAAAUCACUUUUGUAAUGGUUCCUCCUUGAACUUAUUGAAUUGCCUUAUCCUCUUUUCUGACUAAUUCAGUGUUCUUGCCGCCAAAGUAGAAACCCCCAACUUUAAUUUGCCCUUUGCCUCUGAUUUCUUCUGAGGUCAAACCCAUAUUUCAUGGAUGUUGCAGUAGGUUAUGGAUGCUGGUGGUGAUGGAGUCUUUGAUAUCAGAAUAAUGCCUUGAUGCCUUUUUGUUGUCUUCCAUUCAGGAGACUCACAAUGUAUAUAUUAAACUGUAUUUAUAAAUGAACUAAAUAAAAUAUUGAUAAUUAC